AUGACCAAAGAAGAACUACAAGAUGAAAUGGAUGCAAUCGAUGCUAUUUUUCCAGACUCCACUAAAUAUCUAUCACCGCAAAUUUAUGAACUUGUUUUGCCAGAUCAUGACUUAUUGAAAUUUAUGAUCAAUUUCCCGGUAGAUUAUCCCAACAUUACUCCUGAAAUCUUGGAAGUGACGACAGAUGACCACAAGAAUUAUAGCGAUACAAACUACAUUGAACAGAGAGCAAAUCUGGUGUUGCAACAUAUUUUUAGAAAAGGAGAAGUAUGUUUAUUUGAUUUUAUUUCAGAAAUGGGCCCUCUAAUGGAAAAGCAUCAUGCACACCCACAAGACCAAGACACGAAGACUACACAAGAUGAAACGGAACUAGAGACACGAUCAACUUCUGAAUACUCCAAGGAUCUGGGAAGGUCGUCCAAUGAUUCGAAAAAUUCAGUAGUAGUUGAUCCAUUGAAAGGGUGGUUCGUUUCAGAUGCGAUAACAGAUAGAGGCUCAACCUUCAUUGCAUUUUGCAGAGAGGUCAAUUCAGUUGAGGAUGCGAAACAUUUUCUAGAUACGUUAGUGAUAGAUCGAAAGAUAUCGAAGGCCUCGCAUAAUAUCAGCUCGUGGAGAAUACGAAAGGAGUCUGGUAUCCAAUAUCAAGAUUUUGAUGAUGAUGGAGAGACCGCGGCAGGUUCACGAUUGUUACACUUGUUGACAGUAAGUACUUUCAAAACAUGA